CUUGAGACUCUUCAGAAACGCCAGAAAUAGCAGCCUGUGCGAAAGGCUUCUUGCGGCCGCAUACACCCGGAACCGUUUGGGGAUAUAUAGGCUCGGCCGUCACUUCCAUUCACUAAUCAUAAAGACGAACAUCUCCCGACCACUUCGAAAACUCCAGACUUCCGAUACUCACGAUACACCUUUCUGUCCGCAUGGCCUCGCUCUAUCUACGCCCCCAGCACCUCGUCGGCAGCCGUGUUCUUUCCGCGUCUCUCUUGAACCGCAAUGGCGCUGCGGCUGCGUUCAACUCCGCAGCGUUGAGAAACGUGGCGUCGCUGCACUCGGCAUCAGCAACCCCAAUAAGAUGGUCGAGCAGCCGUCUUCCGCUUACGAACCCUAUCAUCCCAGCCUGCCGCUUCCUCACCACCCCAACAAGUCCCGUCUUGUUGCCUAAUGCGACUCCGUCCGCAAAACCCGAUACUAGCGGAGCCGAGCUAGAAGCGUGGAUAUCCGACCCAGCACAGUACGUCGUUUCCGUACGUUUCCCAGACGGUGCCGUGACGGCGUUCGAUUCGAUCUGGUUGCGGGACCACUGUAGAUGUCCUGCAUGUUUCCACCAGGUGACGAAACAACGGCUUUUGGAUACAUGCUCGAUUCCAGCAGAUAUCAAACCGACACAGAUGGUUGUCUCUGCGGAUCAGACGAAGCUGGAUAUCUCUUGGGCGAAUGAUGGGCAUGUGACAUCUUACGACUUGGCAUGGCUUCGUAAACACAGCUAUGCGCCAAAGCUGCAGCCUGUUGAACCUGCGGGUCGCAAACGACCGAAACUGCUCUGGGAUCGGGAAAUUGCCCAAACCAUCCCAUCAGUGCGCUUUGACGACGUGAUGAACACCGAAGAAGGCCUAGCGAAAUGGCUAGAAAACACCGACAUCUACGGUAUCGGCUUCGUCGACGGCGUGCCCACGACCCCCGAAGCGACCGAAAAACUCGCCCGCCGAAUUGCGUUCAUCCGCGAAACCCACUACGGCGGCUUCUGGGACGUCUCCGCCAACAUGGCCCACGGCGACACCGCCUACACCGCUAUCGCCCUCCCCGCCCACACUGACACCACCUACUUCACCGACCCCAUCGGCCUGCAACUCUUCCAUAUCCUCGAACACUCCGGUGGUGUCGGUGGGGAGUCCCUGUACGUCGACGCCUUCCACGUGGCUGAUCGACUACGCACUUCACACCCAUGGGCAUACGACGUCCUCUCCCGCACGCGGAUAUCCGCCCACUCCGCCGGCGACGCCAACACCCACAUCAAACCCGCGCACACCUUCCCCAUCCUCAACCACGACCCAGCCACCGGCGCACUCUACCAGAUCCGCUUCAACAACGACGACCGAUCUCCACUGGUCGGUCUCUCGCCCGCGGACGUGCGUGAAUUCUACGCCGCUUUGCGCGAGUGGACGAAGUUGAUGCGGGAUCCGGCUAACGAGCUAUGGAUCAAACUGCAGCCGGGUAGAGCGGCAAUGGUGGAUAACUGGAGAGUGUUGCAUGGAAGGGCGUCGUUUACGGGGUAUAGGCGGUUGACGGGGGCGUAUAUCAAUUGGGAUGAUUUUAGGAGUAGGGUGCGGACGGUGCUGGAUAAGGAGGACGUAUGAGUUCUGGAGGCUGCGGCGUUUUUCUGAUUCUAUUCUUGCUAUUAUAUGGAAGUUGACGCUUAGAUAGAGCUUUCAAUAAAACA